GCGUUUAACAUUGCGGAGACGUUGACGUGCUUAGUGUAUCGCACCACGUAACUUGAUCUUUGAUUUUAUUGUGUGUAGCUAACCCACGAUACAGCGUUUAUCUUAUCCAACAGGAUUUUCGCGAAAUGGCGUUUUUUUACGCGAUUUUGAGCUGGACUGCUCAAGCGCUGAUGUUUAUGCUGUUUCUACUUUUCUUGGCGCUUCUGGGUUACUGCCUAUAUAUUAAACACAUUCAUAUGAAAUAUGACCACAUACCUGGGCCACCGAGAGACAGUUUUCUCUUUGGACAUUCACCCACGUUUCUGAGGAUGAUGAAAAAUGGCGAAGUUAUACACGACAAAAUUCUGGAAUGGGCCGAGAUUUAUGGACCAGUUUAUAGGAUCAAUGGUCUGCAUUAUGCUUUAAUCUGUGUGACCUGCCCAGAGGCAACCAAGGAAAUCCUGAUGUCUCCAAAGUACCCCAAAGAUCAAUUCCUCCACAGUAGACUCUUCACACUGUUUGGUCAAAGGUUCCUAGGUAAUGGCCUGGUAACGGUAACGGACCAUGAGCUGUGGUAUAAACAGCGCCGGAUUAUGGACCCUGCGUUCAGCAGCUUGUAUUUGAGAGGUCUUAUGGGCAUCUUCAAUGAGAAGGCAGAGACACUGAUGGAUAAACUUACGGAUUUGGCAGAUACCAAAACAGAGGCCAAGAUGCUCCACCUAGUCAACUGUGUUACGCUGGAUGUUAUUGCUAAGGCUGCAUUUGGUGUGGAUUUAGACCUGCUGAAAAAUAGUUCACCUUUCCCUGAAGCCAUUGAGUUAUGUCUGAAAGGGAUGUUGCACCAUAUCAGAGACAUCUUAUAUGAGUACAAUCCAAAGAACAGAUCAUUCAUUAAUGAAGUGAGGGAAGCUUGCCUCCUGCUACGCACAACUGGAGCUAAGUGGAUUAAUGACAGAAAGACUGCCAUGCAAAAAGGCGAUGACGUUCCCAAGGACAUCCUUACGCAGAUCAUCAAAGCUGCAGGCAAAGAGGAAAGUUUGACUCAAGAAGAUGAAGAGUUCAUGUUGGACAAUUUUGUGACAUUUUUCAUUGCGGGACAGGAAACUACAGCUAAUCAACUGGCUUUUUGCAUCAUGGAGCUUGCAAAACACCCAGACAUAUUGGAGAAAGUGAAGAAAGAGGUAGAUGAUGUCAUUGGGAUGAAACAGGACAUCAGCUAUGACGAUCUGGGACAGCUGGUCUACCUCUCACAGGUGCUAAAAGAGACUCUGAGGAUUUUCCCUACAGCUCCAGGCACAUCUCGCACUUUACUGGAAGACAUGGUCAUCGAUGGUAUCCACAUACCCAGAGGCGCCAUAUCUUUUUUCAGCUCCUAUGUGACUGGGAGACUGAAUAAAUUCUUCAAGGACCCAUUGACAUUUGAUCCAGACAGAUUCCACCCAGAUGCUCCUAAGCCUUAUUACUGCUACUACCCCUUCUCCCUCGGUCCACGCUCGUGCCUGGGACAGAACUUUGCUCAGAUGGAGGCUAAAGUGGUGAUGGCCAAACUGCUCCAGAGGUUUGACUUCACCCUGGUGCCGGGACAGACGUUUGACAUCCUGGACACUGGCACACUCAGGCCGAAGAGUGGGGUGCUGUGCACUGUCACGCACAGGAAUCACAAGAAAUAAGUGGUCAUACAGUACCAUAAGCAUAAUCAAGCUCUGUAAUCCUGCCCCAGCAAAAUGUCUGUUAUUUUACUGCUUUUUGCGGUUAAUUGUUUAACCUUAGUAAAGACAAUGGAAUCUGAUACUUGUUGUAAUGAUAUGCACAGUAUAUUCAAACUACGUUAAGAUGAUAAUGCGGGUAUGGGGAAACUUGGUAGGUUGCAGUAUCAUCAGCCAUUUAAUCUCACUUGUUCUUUCAGUUUAGUCUUUAAUCUUGUUGUAACUAACUUUGCCUUUUGUGCCUGUAACACUCAUAUUAAAAUGCUGAUUUUACCAUCUUUACACAAUAGAAAAUAAUUACAACACAACCACAUUAUAUCCACAUUAUUUUACUGAUGCAGAAAUUGUUUCUCUUGCACUGAAAUUAAUUACGACAAUCUGAUUUUAUUUCAUGCUCAUUUUGCUGUGCAGUGAUUGUUUUUUUUUUUUCUGUUCCCAUCUGGUUGUGGUUUUUGACCGUUACUCACAGAGAACCACAGGGGGGCGCUGCGACUUUGCAAAGAAAUGUCAAAAGCACCUGUUAAACCACAAUCUCAAAAAUGAAUACUAAAAAGUUGUCAUUCUUUUAAGCUUCAUUUCAAGAAUUUUCAUAUUUUUGUGUUUACCAUAAGGUUUUAAAGUGGUGACUCGCUAUGUAGUCAAAACCUGACAUCCUUAUACUGGGGGUUAAACAACAAACAAUGAGUAAUUAGGCCAAUAAUUUAUACAGUGCUUUUUACUUGAUGACCAAAAAUAAUCAGCUGUCUUUAAUUAAUAAAAGUCAAACAGUUGACAAAUUGAAAAAUAUUAAAUAAAGCUGGAAAUACCACUCAAAACUUUUAAAUAUAUAUAUAUGAUCAUUCAUGUAAUAAUAAAAAUAUUGGUUAAAAAACAA